AUGUCGGCGGUGAUGAGCACGCUGUCCAUGAUCAGCGGGGGACGUCGCGCGCACCGCAAGCUCACCAGUUCACGGAAGUCCGGGCAGCUGUCGGAUGCCGGGGAAGACCGUGCGAGGAGUCAGCAUGACCUCAGCAAACAGCAGCGCUCCGCCUCCCUGCAAACCUUGGAGGCCGGUGCGGUCGUCGACCUCGAGAAUCUGGAGGCCAAGAUGGCUAGUAUCGAAGUUUCACUGGCUGGAGCACGGCGGCGCAGCGGCGCACGUGACGCGGAUAGAGAGUUGGACACCCUGCGCGCUGCGCUCUCUGAUAAGGACACGCUAAUACAGACCCUUAAGAAGCAGUUGAGCGCGUCGUUGAGUGCAGCUCGGCUGGCCGCUCAAGCCACGUCGCCUACGGGCUCCCGUGGCAGCCAGCGCGGGGACUCCCCCACCACCCUCUCGGCGGACGAGCGCCACGCCCUGGAGGAACGCGCGGCCGCAAUCAACGCGGACCUGGAGGCGAGGAAGAGCAGCAUACACGAGCUGAGGAGACGACUCGAAAAGACCCACGUCACGGAGAACAUCGACACGCGGAUACAGCAGGCGGAGUUGCAGUACCAGCUCGGCCGCGAGGAGUUGGAGCUGCUGACGCUGAGUGAGCAGGCGCGGGCACUGGCCCAGCUCAUGGAGCACGCGGACGCCGCCGGACGCUUUCACGCCACCCUCUACAGCUUGGUUCGCGAAUGCGGUGGCACGGCGACUGUUUUGUCAACGGAGGUGUCUUCUGGCUCGUGGAACGCGGUCCAACGGGCUGCAGGGGUCUCCGUGCACUGGGCAGCCGAGCAUUCGCCGCUAAGACAAGGAGACAGAAUAUUAGAAGUGAACGGGACGCCGGCGUUAAGCUUUAAGUGUCAGGAGGAUCUGCAGCGGGCGUUUGGCAACGCCGCCACGACGCGUCUCGUCGUCCUUCGUGACCAGAAGGUCGCGCAUUCGGCACCUUCUGCGACGCACUUCACACAGAACGAGGCGGCGUCGCUGCGAGCGGAGCUCGGCGCGCUUAGGACGGCGGCCGAGGAUGCGGAGCGUGCGAAGGAGGGCCUCCGCGCCGACAACACGCGCCUCACGCACCGCAUCUCCUACCUAGAGGAGCAGGUGGCCGAGCUGCUCGCCAAGCACACGCAGCUUCACCCAGUAAGCAGCAGCGACAGCUGCAUAACUGUCAACAAAACGAAGAAGAACGUUACCAACAUCAGCAUAACGACGGAGCCGAAGCAAGGGCGCAGGACGAGCCCCAAGUCCGAGGUGCAGGUGUUCCAGAAGGGGCCCGACAUCACGGCCAUAGUGGCGAAACUCCCCGGCCUCGAGGGGCCGGAGGCCAACCUGCCAGUGAUGAGGCCCAGGUCGAAUGCGUCCGGCGCCUCGUCGAGGAUCGCCACCUCGCCCCGCACCUCCCCCACCCCCAACCGCCGCUCCCACAGCUCGCACAGCCUGGAGCACCGCGCGGGCCGCCUGCGCCACUCCCUCUCGCAGCACUGCGUCCACGGCGCGGCCGACUACGGGGCGGAGACGGACGCGGCAAUACGCAUGAUAGAGCGCAACCAGCGGCACAUGGAGAAGCAGAGGAUCAAGUGUGAGAAAAUCAACAAGCCCCAAUCGAAAAUAGACGACCACUUCCGAUCGGACAGCGACCUGGACGUCGACGUGCACUCGAAGAGGAAGACGUUGUCGAUAAUAGAGCAGCUGAAACGGACGCAGCGGAUGCGAAAGAUGAAGAAGAACGACAGCGCGGAGGACGUGAAGCUGGAGACGGAGAAGCACAUGUACCAUCGGAUAGACGGCAAGGUGUUGGAGAACGCGCACAAGUCCAGCAGGCGGUCGUCGUCGAAGGUGCACUCGCGCAGCGCCAAGUCCUCGGAGCUGGAGUCGGAGUACUCCGACUAUCCGAACGGCGAGGCGUACGGCUCGGAGGGCGGCUCCACGCGGGCGGGCCACGGGAUGAGCGAAGAGGGGCGGGAGGGGGGGAAGUCGCGGCCGACGCCGCCCAGGAAGCCGCUGCGGCUGUCGCUGCACAAGGCGCGCAGCGCGCACUCCAUACUGAACGGCAGCGAGUCGGAGACGCCCUCGGAGGCGCCGAGCGGCGACCCGAGCAAGAGGCCGGUGAAGAGGACGCACGCGGCGGACAAGUGGGCGCGCGAGCGGAUGCGCGAGGGCGGGCGGGCGACGCCGCGGCCGGCGCGCAAGCUGCAGAGCGGCCUGAGCGGCCUGAGCGGCCGCGACGCGCCCGCCGCCGACGACCUGUACCCGGAGACGAUGCACGUGCCGGUGCGCGUCGGCGGCGCGGUGCACGGCAAGUGGUGC